CGGGAGGAGCGGCGGGAGGAGCUGAGCGAGUGCAGUGCCGGGCGCAGUCUCCAAUGAGCCGCGCGGAACCUGCGCCCCUGACGACCCGAGCCCCCUGCGCCCUUUCCCUACGGCUCACCUGGUGCCAGGUCUGGCCUCGCCCCACGGACCAUGGCCUUGCCCCCAUGAGCUAGAGCCUGUUCCUUGGCACGCACCCACCGCCAGCCAGCAGGAUGCAGCUGUGGAAGGCGGUGGUGGUGACCCUGGCCUUCAUGAGCAUGGACGUCGGCAUGACCACGGCCAUCUACAUCCUCAGCCACCUGGACCGCAGCCUGCUGGAGGACAUCCGCCAUUUCAACAUCUUUGACUCGGUGCUGGACCUCUGGGCGGCCUGCCUCUACCGCAGCUGCCUGCUGCUGGGAGCCACCAUCGGUGUGGCCAAGAACAGCGCCCUGGGGCCGCGGCGGCUUCGAGCCUCCUGGACGGUCAUCGCCCUCGUGUGCCUCUUCGUGGGCAUCUACACCAUGGUGAAGCUGCUGCUCUUCUCCGAGGUCCGCAAGCCAGUCCGGGACCCAUGGUUCUGGGCCCUCUUCGUGUGGACUUAUAUCUCACUCGCCGCUUCCUUCGUGCUCUGGUGGCUGCUGUCCACGGUGCGGCCGGACGCCAAAGCCCUGGAGCCGGGGGCUGAGGCCGAGGCCGACGGCUUCCCGAGGGAGCCCCGACCCCCUCGUGAGCAGGCAUCGGGGGCCACGCUGCAAAAGCUGCUGUCCUACACCAAGCCUGACGUGGCCUUCCUUGUGGCGGCCUCCUUCUUCCUCAUUGUGGCAGCUCUGGGAGAGACCUUCCUUCCCUACUACACUGGCCGGGCCAUUGAUGGCAUCGUCAUUCAGAAGAGCAUGGAGCAGUUCAGCACGGCCGUCAUCGUCAUGUGCCUGCUGGCCAUCGGCAGCUCAUUUGCCGCAGGUGUUCGGGGCGGCAUUUUUACCCUCAUAUUUGCCAGACUGAACAUUCGCCUUCGGAACCGUCUCUUCCGCUCACUGGUGUCCCAGGAGAUGAGCUUCUUUGAUGAGAAUCGCACAGGGGACCUCAUCUCCCGCCUCACCUCGGACACCACCAUGGUCAGCGACUUGGUCUCCCAGAAUAUCAACAUCUUCCUGCGGAACACGGUCAAGGUCACGGGCGUGGUGGUCUUCAUGUUCAGCCUCUCGUGGCAGCUGUCAUUGGUCACCUUCAUGGGCUUCCCCAUCAUCAUGGUGGUGUCUGACAUCUACGGCAAGUACUACAAGAGGCUCUCCAAAGAGGUCCAGAAUGCCCUGGCAAGGGCCAGCAGCACAGCCGAGGAGACCAUUAGUGCCAUGAAGACCGUGCGGAGCUUUGCCAACGAGGAGGAAGAGGCAGAGGUGUAUUCCCGGAAGCUCCAGCAGGUGUAUAAGCUGAACAGGAAGGAGGCCGCAGCCUACACCUACUACGUCUGGGGCAGUGGGCUCACGCUGCUGGUCGUCCAGGUCAGUAUCCUCUACUACGGGGGCCACCUCGUCAUCUCAGGGCAGAUGACCAGCGGCAACCUCAUCUCCUUCAUUAUCUACGAGUUCGUCCUGGGAGACUGUAUGGAGUCCGUGGGCUCCGUCUAUAGUGGCCUGAUGCAGGGAGUGGGGGCCGCUGAGAAGGUGUUCGAGUUCAUUGACCGGCAGCCAACCAUGGUGCAUGAUGGGAACUUGGCCCCUGACCGCCUGGAGGGCCGGGUGGACUUUGAGAACGUGACCUUCACCUACCGCACUCGGCCCCACACCCAAGUUCUGCAGAAUGUCUCCUUCAGCCUGUCCCCAGGAAAGGUGACCGCGCUUGUGGGGCCCUCGGGCAGUGGGAAGAGUUCCUGCGUCAACAUCCUAGAGAACUUCUACCCGCUGGAGGGGGGCUGCGUGCUGCUGGACGGAAAGCCCAUCAGCGCCUAUGACCACAAGUACCUGCACCGCGUGAUCUCCCUCGUGAGCCAGGAGCCGGUGCUGUUCGCCCGCUCCAUCACAGACAACAUCUCCUACGGCCUGCCCACCGUGCCCUUCGAGAUGGUAGUGGAGGCCGCACAGAAGGCAAAUGCCCACGGCUUCAUCAUGGAGCUCCAGGAUGGCUACAAUACAGAGACUGGGGAGAAGGGCGCCCAGCUGUCAGGUGGCCAGAAGCAGCGGGUGGCCAUGGCUCGGGCUCUGGUGCGGAACCCACCUGUCCUCAUCUUGGAUGAAGCCACCAGCGCUCUGGAUGCGGAGAGCGAGUACCUGAUCCAGCAGGCCAUCCACGGCAACCUGCAGAAGCACACCGUGCUCAUCAUCGCGCACCGCCUGAGCACGGUGGAGCGCGCGCACCUCAUCGUGGUGCUGGACAAGGGCCGCGUGGUGCAGCAGGGCACGCACCAGCAGCUGCUGGCCCAGGGCGGCCUCUACGCCAAGCUGGUGCAGCGGCAGAUGCUGGGGCUCGAGCCCGCCGCGGACUACUCAGCUGGCCGCAAGGAGCCGCCGGGCGGCAGCGGCCACAAGGCCUGA